GGAAAUUUAGCCUACAUGCUUUUAGGUGUUUUACAAAUGGAGGCUUUAAGUUCAAACAAGUUAUCAUCGAGGAAGAGGAGAAAGGAGGGGUCAAAUGGGGACACCGAAGAAGGCUCUGCUCCUGUCAAAAUACCUCGCUGCACUGUGGGUCUGUCCCAGCCAGCUCCAUUUGCAGAUGAGAUUGAGACUCCACACACACAGCCAUACUGCAGAGUUUCAAUAGAAGAGGCUCGGAAGGGAACUCCACCUCAUCGGCCUGUGCGGGUUUAUGCUGAUGGAAUCUUUGACCUCUUUCACUCUGGACACGCUCGUGCUCUCAUGCAGGCCAAAGAUCUCUUUCCAAAUACCCACUUGAUAGUGGGAGUAUGCAAUGAUGAUCUGACACACAAAUUCAAGGGGUUCACGGUUAUGAGUGAGGACGAGAGAUAUGAUGCUGUGAGCCAUUGCCGCUAUGUGGAUGAGAUUGUUCGCAAUGCACCCUGGACUCUCACGCCAGAGUUUCUUGCCAAGCAUCGGAUUGACUUUGUAGCCCAUGAUGAUAUUCCAUACUCCUCAGCAGGAAGUGAUGAUGUCUACAAACACAUUAAAGAGGCAGGGAUGUUUGCUCCUACGCAGCGCACUGAGGGCAUUUCUACCUCCGAUAUCAUUACCCGCAUAGUACGGGACUAUGAUGUUUACGUGCGUCGGAACCUUCAGAGGGGCUACACAGCCAAGGAGCUCAACGUCAGUUUCAUCAAUGAGAAAAAAUAUCAUCUACAGGAGCGGGUUGACAAAGUCAAGAAGAAAGUGAAGGAUGUGGAAGAGCGUUCCAAAGAGUUCGUUCAGAAGGUAGAAGAGAAGAGCAUUGACUUGAUCCAGAAGUGGGAAGAAAAAUCGCGAGAGUUUAUUGGUAACUUCCUGCAGAUGUUUGGUCCAGAAGGAGCACUGAAGCAUAUGUUGAAGGAAGGGAAAGGUCGCAUGCUGCAGGCAAUCAGCCCACGCCAGAGUCCUGACAGCAGCCCUACAAGAGAGCGGUCUCCAUCCCCCUCCUUCCGUCUACCCUUUUUCACAAAAUCAUCGCCCCCCUCAUCCCCCCGAGCAAGUGCUGCCAGGGCGUAUAAUAUCAGCGAGGAUGAGGAAGAGGAUGACUAGCCCUGUCCAUUUUGCCCUAGCUGACUCCUGAAAAGUAAUAAGCACAAUGUUGCCCUGCUGAAAAGAGGGAGGUGUGGACUGGACAGCUUACUAAUAUUGCCAUGGAAACAGGAUGGUUUCCAUCCAGCUGAGAGAAUUUCACCACCACCUACCCUGCUACUUUGUAGCGCCACCAUUUGGGUGGUAGCGGGUGUUAGAUCACCACUGUCUGGUGCUUCCUGCUCGUAGUCCCUGUUGCUGGCCAGCACCACAUGUGUUCUCGUUGGGGUUACUGGAUACUUGAGAGAAAAGGCCAUUUUGUCUAUUUCUUUUUGUCCUUGAAUUUAAUUGGUCUAUGUAAUAAACGGAAAAAGCUC